AACGAGGCCCUGCGCGGCCAGCUGGAGGAGGCGGGCGCGGAGAAGGAGCGCCUGCAGGGCGAGCUGGAGGAGAAGACCUCGGAGGCGGACGCGGCCAAGGAGGACAACGAGGCCCUGCGCGGCCAGCUGGAGGAGGCGGGCGCGGAGAAGGAGCGCCUGCAGGGCGAGCUGGAGGAGAAGACCUCGGAGGCGGACGCGGCCAAGGAGGACAACGAGGCCCUGCGCGGCCAGCUGGAGGAGGCGCACCAGCAGCUGGAGGAGGCGGGCGCGGAGAAGGAGCGCCUGCAGGGCGAGCUGGAGGAGAAGACCUCGGAGGCGGACGCGGCCAAGGAGGACAACGAGGCCCUGCGCGGCCAGCUGGAGGAGGCGCACCAGCAGCUGGAGGAGGCGGGCGCGGAGAAGGAGCGCCUGCAGGGCGAGCUGGAGGAGAAGACCUCGGAGGCGGACGCGGCCAAGGAGGACAACGAGGCCCUGCGCGGCCAGCUGGAGGAGGCGCACCAGCAGCUGGAGGAGGCGGGCGCGGAGAAGGAGCGCCUGCAGGGCGAGCUGGAGGAGAAGACCUCGGAGGCGGACGCGGCCAAGGAGGACAACGAGGCCCUGCGCGGCCAGCUGGAGGAGGCGCACCAGCAGCUGGAGGAGGCGGGCGCGGAGAAGGAGCGCCUGCAGGGCGAGCUGGAGGAGAAGACCUCGGAGGCGGACGCGGCCAAGGAGGACAACGAGGCCCUGCGCGGCCAGCUGGAGGAGGCGCACCAGCAGCUGGAGGAGGCGGGCGCGGAGAAGGAGCGCCUGCAGGGCGAGCUGGAGGAGAAGACCUCGGAGGCGGACGCGGCCAAGGAGGACAACGAGGCCCUGCGCGGCCAGCUGGAGGAGGCGCACCAGCAGCUGGAGGAGGCCGGCGCGGAGAAGGAGCGCCUGCAGGGCGAGCUGGAGGAGAAGACCUCGGAGGCGGACGCGGCCAAGGAGGAUUACGAGGCCCUGCGCGGCCAGCUGGAGGAGGCGCACCAGCAGCUGGAGGAGGCCGGCGCGGAGAAGGAGCGCCUGCAGGGCGAGCUGGAGGAGAAGACCUCGGAGGCGGACGCGGCCAAGGAGGAUAACGAGGCCCUGCGCGGCCAGCUGGAGGAGGCGGGCGCGGAGAAGGAGCGCCUGCAGGGCGAGCUGGAGGAGAAGACCUCGGAGGCGGACGCGGCCAAGGAGGAUAACGAGGCCCUGCGCGGCCAGCUGGAGGAGGCGCACCAGCAGCUGGAGGAGGCGGGCGCGGAGAAGGAGCGCCUGCAGGGCGAGCUGGAGGAGAAGACCUCGGAGGCGGACGCGGCCAAGGAGGACAACGAGGCCCUGCGCGGCCAGCUGGAGGAGGCGCACCAGCAGCUGGAGGAGGCGGGCGCGGAGAAGGAGCGCCUGCAGGGCGAGCUGGAGGAGAAGACCUCGGAGGCGGACGCGGCCAAGGAGGACAACGAGGCCCUGCGCGGCCAGCUGGAGGAGGCGCACCAGCAGCUGGAGGAGGCCGGCGCGGAGAAGGAGCGCCUGCAGGGCGAGCUGGAGGAGAAGACCUCGGAGGCGGACGCGGCCAAGGAGGACAACGAGGCCCUGCGCGGCCAGCUGGAGGAGGCGCACCAGCAGCUGGAGGAGGCCGGCGCGGAGAAGGAGCGCCUGCAGGGCGAGCUGGAGGAGAAGACCUCGGAGGCGGACGCGGCCAAGGAGGACAACGAGGCCCUGCGCGGCCAGCUGGAGGAGGCGCACCAGCAGCUGGAGGAGGCCGGCGCGGAGAAGGAGCGCCUGCAGGGCGAGCUGGAGGAGAAGACCUCGGAGGCGGACGCGGCCAAGGAGGACAACGAGGCCCUGCGCGGCCAGCUGGAGGAGGCGCACCAGCAGCUGGAGGAGGCGGGCGCGGAGAAGGAGCGCCUGCAGGGCGAGCUGGAGGAGAAGACCUCGGAGGCGGACGCGGCCAAGGAGGACAACGAGGCCCUGCGCGGCCAGCUGGAGGAGGCGCACCAGCAGCUGGAGGAGGCGGGCGCGGAGAAGGAGCGCCUGCAGGGCGAGCUGGAGGAGAAGACCUCGGAGGCGGACGCGGCCAAGGAGGACAACGAGGCCCUGCGCGGCCAGCUGGAGGAGGCGCACCAGCAGCUGGAGGAGGCGGGCGCGGAGAAGGAGCGCCUGCAGGGCGAGCUGGAGGAGAAGACCUCGGAGGCGGACGCGGCCAAGGAGGACAACGAGGCCCUGCGCGGCCAGCUGGAGGAGGCGCACCAGCAGCUGGAGGAGGCCGGCGCGGAGAAGGAGCGCCUGCAGGGCGAGCUGGAGGAGAAGACCUCGGAGGCGGACGCGGCCAAGGAGGACAACGAGGCCCUGCGCGGCCAGCUGGAGGAGGCGCACCAGCAGCUGGAGGAGGCGGGCGCGGAGAAGGAGCGCCUGCAGGGCGAGCUGGAGGAGAAGACCUCGGAGGCGGACGCGGCCAAGGAGGACAACGAGGCCCUGCGCGGCCAGCUGGAGGAGGCGCACCAGCAGCUGGAGGAGGCCGGCGCGGAGAAGGAGCGCCUGCAGGGCGAGCUGGAGGAGAAGACCUCGGAGGCGGACGCGGCCAAGGAGGACAACGAGGCCCUGCGCGGCCAGCUGGAGGAGGCGCACCAGCAGCUGGAGGAGGCGGGCGCGGAGAAGGAGCGCCUGCAGGGCGAGCUGGAGGAGAAGACCUCGGAGGCGGACGCGGCCAAGGAGGACAACGAGGCCCUGCGCGGCCAGCUGGAGGAGGCGCACCAGCAGCUGGAGGAGGCGGGCGCGGAGAAGGAGCGCCUGCAGGGCGAGCUGGAGGAGAAGACCUCGGAGGCGGACGCGGCCAAGGAGGACUACGAGGCCCUGCGCGGCCAGCUGGAGGAGGCGGGCGCGGAGAAGGAGCGCCUGCAGGGCGAGCUGGAGGAGAAGACCUCGGAGGCGGACGCGGCCAAGGAGGACAACGAGGCCCUGCGCGGCCAGCUGGAGGAGGCGCACCAGCAGCUGGAGGAGGCGGGCGCGGAGAAGGAGCGCCUGCAGGGCGAGCUGGAGGAGAAGACCUCGGAGGCGGACGCGGCCAAGGAGGAUAACGAGGCCCUGCGCGGCCAGCUGGAGGAGGCGGGCGCGGAGAAGGAGCGCCUGCAGGGCGAGCUGGAGGAGAAGACCUCGGAGGCGGACGCGGCACAAGGAGGAUAA